CACACACACACACACACACACACACACACACACACACACACACUUUUUUGGCCUCUAUUGCAAUUUCCUGUUCUACACUCCUCAUGCUGCACUUCUCUUGUGUGGUAGCUUCAUGAAAAAUGACAGUGUUUGUUUGUGGUGUGAGAGUGGACAAGGAGGACGAGAUGACGUGUCUGAUCAAGGGCUGCAAUUUUGUGCUGAGGAACAUUCCUCACGAGGCCUUCGUAUAUGCCAAGCACGCCGACUCCGAGUUCCGCUUCCAGACCACCCAGCCAGACAUCUUCCCCUACCUGCUCGUCAACAUCGGUUCCGGGGUCUCCAUCGUCAAGGUGGAAUCGGAGGACAAAUUUGAGCGUAUCGGCGGAAGCUCGAUAGGUGGAGGGACAUUCUGGGGACUUGGGGCUUUACUCACCAAAACAAAGAGGUUUGACGAGCUGCUCCAACUGGCCUCGAAGGGGCAGCACACCAGCGUGGACAUGCUGGUCAAAGACAUUUACGGAGGGUCCUACGGCUCUCUGGGCCUCACUGGCGACUUGAUUGCCAGCAGCUUUGGGAAGUCAGCCACGGCGGACAAAGAAUUCUCCAAAGAAGACAUGGCAAAGAGUUUGUUACACAUGAUCAGCAACGACAUCGGGCAGCUGGCCUGCCUGUACGCCAAACUCCACCAGCUGUCGCGGGUCUACUUUGGGGGCUUUUUCAUUCGGGGGCAUCCGGUUACCAUGCACACCAUCACCUACAGCAUCAACUUCUUCACCAAGGGUGAGGUGCAGGCCUUAUUCCUGAGACAUGAAGGCUAUCUGGGAGCCAUCGGGGCUUUUCUCAAAGGAGCGGAGGAAGACAAUCCAAACCAGUACAGCUGGGGGGAGAAUUACGCGGGAAGCUCCGGCCUGCUGAGUAUUUCUCCGGAAAUGAAUCCCAUGCAACGCGCGCGAAGUGGAACGUUCCCCUUCGACAUGCUGGAGAUGGACCGUCUGGAGAGGCAGCUGGUGAAUCUCCAUCUGCUGCAGGACCCGUCUUCCUACAUCCCUGACACGGUGGACCUCACUGAGGACGCCCCGGCCCGCGAAUACUGGCUGGACUGCUUCGAGGAGGCCCUCGACGGAGUGGUGAAGCGAGCAGUGGCCAGCCAGCCCGACAUGGCCGAGUCGGUGGAGCGGGCCGAGAAAUUCCGUCACAAAUACAGACACAAGCUUCAGACUUUGCGCCACCAACCUUUCGCUUACGGGUCCCUCACGGUCCGAAGUCUGCUGGACACGAGGGAGCACUGUUUAAACGAGUUCAAUUUUCCAGAUCCCUACUCCAAGAUCAAACAGAAGGAGAACGACAGCGCGCUCAAGUACUACCAGAAGGCCGUCAGGUCUCUGGAGGAGCUGAGCUGGGAGCAGAGACAGUUUGCGCUCGUCCGGGGCGUCCUGGCCGGCAACGUCUUCGACUGGGGAGCCAAAGCCGUCUCUGACGUCCUUGACUCAGACCCCGAGUUUGGCUUCGAGGAGGCAAAGAGGCAGCUGGAAGAGCGGCCGUGGCUCGUGGAUUCAUACGAUCAAUGGCUCCAGAGACUUAAGGGGCGUCCUCACAAGUGUGCCUUGUUUUUCGUAGAUAAUAGCGGCGUAGACAUCAUUCUAGGAGUGAUGCCUUUUGUCAGGGAGCUGCUCUCUCGGGGAACGGAGGUGGUGCUGGCGAGCAACUCUGGUCCGGCCCUGAACGAUGUCACAAAUGGGGAGCUGCAGAUUCUGACCGAGAGGAUCGCCGCCAUGGAUCCGGUCAUUCAGGCGGGGCUAAAGGACGACAGGUUGACCUUGAUUCAGAGCGGUUCCAGUUCUCCCUGCCUGGAUCUCAGCCGCCUGGACAAAGUCUUGGCCAUGGUGGUGCGCGAGCGUCACACCGACCUGGUGAUCAUUGAGGGUAUGGGCCGGGCCAUCCACACCAAUUACUAUGCGACGCUCAGCUGCGAGAGCCUCAAGAUGGCCGUCAUCAAGAACUCCUGGCUGGCCGAUCGCCUCGGCGGUAAACUCUUCAGCGUGGUCUUCAAGUACGAGGUGCCGGCCAGGGGAGCCCACGCCAAUGCCGUGUGAGCGGAUGCCUUUGUGGACUGAACAUCAUGAAUGUAAGGAGGAUGAGUGAAUGUUUUACAGGCGCAAGGGAAGUGUUACAUUUACUGUAUUUCACAAGCGUCAUUGUUUUAAUGUUUUGGUUCAUUUAGUUCACUCGGCUGGAUUUAAGCUGUGGGUCCAAGUGACCAAUUUCAAUUUAUUGCCCUACAUCAUAUUUAUUUUUCAGACUAUUUAUUCACAAUAAGCUACGAGGACAAGGGACCGCACCCUCCCGUGAAUAGUAAACGUCUGCAAAGAGUAGAUACAUUCACAAAAGGGGUUUGCAAUUGUGUAUAGAUGCCACAAAAUGGUAGCAAAGCAGUUUAAACUGUGAGGAUCAUAAAGCAUCAACACUAUGCUGCUUCAGGCAUUGGGGUCGGCAACCUGAUGUACUCAAAGAGCCACUCAGCCAUCUCCCACAGAAAAAAAAAAAAAAACACCUUAUAUAUUCUGCCAUGUUCAAAGAGCUCAGUAAUUCUUGGUGCCGGUGUUGCACAUUGGCACUGCUUGUGACGCAUAUUUUGAACAACGUAAAAAAAAAAAAAAA